UACGCACUUUAUCAAACACAUCAAAUGAACUGUCUUGAUUCCAGUGCUAGGAGAACGGAGUUGACUUUUGUGUGUGUUUUUUAAUGGUUUAGGAAACAAACAUAUUUUCUUACAAUUAUUUCACAGCUAUAUUUAUCUUCAAGACAUGAUCUUCAACGCAAUCUGCAGAUCUCGUGCCGCUUUUGGUACUUUUGUAGGCCAAUUGCAGAGAUCUGCACUAAAUUCAGCAAGCUGGAGGAAUUUGUGUAGUAAACCACAUGACGCGUCAGUGCCAACACAAGCAGGGUUCAAAACGCCCGGCUACAGUCCGUCUGAGAUGGACAAGAAGAUUCUUGUGUGGUCCGGACGCUUCAAAUCCAAGGAGCAGAUCCCAGAGCUCGUGUCAUUUGAGAUGAUUGAUGCAGCCAGGAACCGACUGCGUGUUAAGGCCUGCUAUGUCAUGAUAGUUCUGACGAUUGGAGGCUGCAUCUGGAUGGUCGUCCUGGGAAAACAGGCUGUAAAUCGCCAUGACAACCUGACCAGCAGAAACAUGGAGAAAAAGGCUCGGUUGAGAGAAGAGGCACAGAAGGAACUAGAUGUGGCAGCGUCUCUGAUUGAGAAAAAACCACAGUGAGGAGCUUCCACCCCAAAACAGGAACCCUAAAAUCUGUCACGUGUUCAUGGUUCAAAAAGCAUCACAUAUCCUGAAAUAACUACAUGGUAGCGCAGUCAUGUUCCUGCAUUGUUGGAAAGUGUUGAUCAUCUGCUCGAUUAUUGUUAAUAUAUAUUUGUUUCACAGAUAGAGAAUUGAGUAAAAAAAAAAAAAAAGAGAGAAUUCCUCUGUUAUCUGUGUCACUUUUCUUGCUCUUGUUUUCUUUGUCAUAAGCGAGGCAAAAUGACUGCAAAGCCAGAUCCUUAGAGCAAAUUACCUUUCCACUUCCUUGUAAUCAGAGUGUGUUUGAGCGAGCAGUGCAAGGAAAGAGGUUACAAGUGUGGACUGAGGUUUUUAAUUUAAAUAUGAACACUUUUGGAAAUGAUACACUAAUGACACCAAGUACUGACAUAAUGCCGUUCUGAACCGCCGGAUUAGUGGCAGAUUGGGAAUAUUUUAAAAAUGUGCCAUGAGAACACAUUCCUAAGGCUGCUUACCUUUCCCCCUUUCUACUGCAGCCCUGAACAUUAUUCUCCAUCUUUCAUCUUCUGAAAGAAAACAAGUAAGUAUCAGAUCUGACCGGUAUCCAGAGCCCUGAAUAGGGUUGGGCGAUAUGAUGAUAUAAUAUUGAGAUCGUGAUAAACUAUAAUAAAAAUACAUUUCGUUUUGGA